AUGGUGCUGGUGGGCAACGUUGGCGCAAUCUGCGUAGUUCGUCUGGAGGUUCUUACCCCGGCGUCUUUGCUUCGCCUCCGCGCAACGUCAGCACUUCUCCGAGCUAAUUUAUUUCUGAGGUGUGGGAUAGGAAUCGGAACGAAGAAGCAGCGAUCGGAUUAUCAUGACAACCUUCCGACUUUUGUGUCGAUGAAUGUUGUUGGCACCAGAAUCAAAGUAUCGAUCUAUUUGUCAAUUAUAGUUGUACCUGAUAGCCUUAGGCCUAGCCAGCACCUGCUGCACAGGGCGCGAACUUCCUUUCUAUACACGUUUCAGUUUUUGGUAUACACAAAUGAACGGCAAGUGCAAGGCGUAACGCGACAAGAAGUAGAACAAAAGGACCCGCGUGUGUGUUCAUCAUGGCAAGAAGAAAUUUAGCAUCAGUAGAAAUUUUCGUGAGCCUGGCUCUACUCUCUCGGAUCACGUAUCUAUAGCAAGUUUACAAGUUGACUCGUUUUUUUAGGUAAAAACUAUAGCAGCGUUUUUAGCUAGCUCCUUUGCACGCGUGGUCAUUACCGAUGCGCGGCCCACCAGCGGGCGUGUCGAUGUCUGCUCGCGCCUUUUCGUCUGCAAGUUGCACUUCUAAAUCGCAGACUUCAUCUGAGCGUUGGCGCGGGUUUCUGGGUUGUAGUAGUUCCCCAUGCCCGGCCUCUUCGUCUACUACUUCAAGUUGUUUAUGCGCCGUGGUGACAUCUUCGAUGACGACAACAACUAGCGCCACGACUGAAACUGGAAGUAAGCGCAGGGCAAAUUCUUGUUCAAUUCGCAUCAAUCGACUAGGAGAACAACCUGCAGCUCUAUUUUUGCAGCAUCAACACCAACAAGUGCGGUUUCUCCGCGAACGGGUGCGCAAAUCCAAUGCUUGGGACGAUGUGUACACGCUGGAAAACCCGAAAUACGGCAAGACCUGGCCGUAUGGAUGUGUCAGAGUUGAAAUCGACAAGGUUGAAAGUCAAAGUAAUUUGUAAUGCAUAAAACGGAUACCAGGCCUAGUUUUCAAGUGGCGCGUGACAAAUCCAGUCUGCAAUGCUGUUUGGGGAAGGGAGACGCCUUCUGUCGUGCUACUUUAGUUGCUCUAUUUCUACCCCUCAACAGGCUUACAGCCUGCCUCUCUUGCCUACUCUGCAAGACAGGCACUUCGUGGGUUGCAUUUUAUGCAUCGCAAACUAUUUCAGCUCUGGUCUUUGACGAUUUCAACCCUGACGCUUCCAUAGGCCGCCCGACAUGUCGGAGAUCGGGGAACCAAAUACCCUGCCGAGAAUGCGAAAUCUGAUGCACCAGUUGCAGGUAGAGGAAAUGCAGAAAUUGGAGCAAGAACGGUCCUACAAGAUGCCAAAACUCGGGCUGGGAGACCUGGUCACGGUAUAGAUUUGAUAGAUUCUGAUUCGCAUUCAAUAAGUUCAUAUCAACAUCGCAAUUUGAAGAAGACCGUGUGGUCAUGGCAAAGAAUAAUACGUCCACGUCGCAAAAACUUCGAUGAGUAUCCUGGUGGCCCGCCCACCAGUAGGACUUACUACCACGAGGGGAAGCUAACUACUACGAAGAGCAAACACCACCGCCAGGUGAAAUAUGAGCUGUCCCGUUCCCAGCAGACGUUCGCAACCUUCACCGGCUACUGCGUUGGCUUGCGGAAGCGCCGCGCCGCCAGUGCGAUGGUGUUGAAGAAUACUUACGACGGCAUUGCGGUGCAGCAACUGCUAUGAGCUGCAAAAGAAAAAGUAUCGUACUAGUAUAAAUUGCAAUACAAAUUCUCCCAGCAUUAGAGAUUGUUUGAGUUUCAGUUUGUAAUGCGGAUUUUCCUUAACCUUAAAUAAUGCCUAGAUCUGUAAUGCAUAACUGCACUUAGAAGUACGAGUGCGAUGCUUUUGCACAGGAUAACUGCUUCCGAUUUAUAACCCGCGGCUGCUCAGCGUCCGGGUGGACAAGGAGGCCAGCAAGCUUAUGGCAUCCUCAACUAUUACAACAUUGACAUUCUCAACUGUUACAUGAUUUGUCAUGCAAAAUCACUAUCAUAACAUCGCCACGAUCAAGCUACUUCGCAUAACAAAUUCUCGACGACGCCCUAAAUUGCACUAGAAUUAUCCGCGCCAAAUCUGUAAUGCAAGAUGUGCAAGGUUCUCGCUCUCACCUGUGCUAUUCUUGCGUUGCAAAUCCAUGUAACAGUUGAGAAUCCAACGUUUGAGAGUGCCAUAAAGUUCGUGACCGAGGAACAGCUGAAGGUGGACCGGCGGAAAAAAAGCCGCAUAUCCAGUGCAAAAGCAUCGUACUCGUAGUAAUUGCAAUUAUGCAUUACAAAUCCCCAUCCCAAGGUAAACGUAAAACAGCAUGAGAAAUUCCAUUUGUCAUGCUAAGGCAAUUUGUAAUGCAAUUACUACUAGUACGAUGCUUUUGCAUUGCAUACCGCAACUACCGCAACAACUGGCAGUACUACAAGCUGGGUCGGUGGCGCAGCUCCAACCGGAAGUACUGGUGGCGACGGCCGGCGCGAAGCGGAAUCCUGAACGUGGAGAACAAGCUGCGCACAGAGUACGCGCACUUGCGAAAGAGGUAUGCGGUACAACGAGCCGCGGCGGGGCUCCCGCCCUACAUUCACCCCGGGCCGUACCACAUCACGAGGCGGCAGACGCGGGAGGUCCGCGCGGAGAUGGAGCGCCGGAUGCUCGUCCAUGCCUGGGACGAGCGGCGCCUGCGGUUUGCGAAGCUAGCACGGCGGAAGCGGCAACAGCGGUGGGGCAUCUGCCACGUGAAGCGGAAGGAGAGCAACGUCAGGCGGGGGUCUCACGCGAAGGAACGCCUGCCCGGGUACCACGUCCUGAAUCAUGCCGAGAGCUAGUAGGAAAGUAGAUGUGUGCUCGGUGGACUGGUGCUUCGGGAGCUGCAGGAGGUGAUGCGCGGCUCGAGGCGUUGUGUGUUUUAUUUGUAUCACUGUCUUCUUCUAUACCUUUACCUUCUCGUUCUCCGACUCCGCCCCCGAGGUCGGAUGAAGAAGACGGAAGCAUCAUACACGAACACGGCGAGGACUUGAAGACAAGCCUAGGGAUUCGUACAUAGAAUUACAUCUGCUUCUGCAUGUUUUUCUUUACACACGGUCGAAGAGCAAGAGUCCUCCCUGGGAACUCCUACAAAGUACUUUUCACGCGGACCACACGUCUAAGCGAGCGCCAAAUGUGAAUGUCACAAAAGCAAACGCAUGCAUCGUGAGCAGCCACAAUAUGUUUUUUGGAAGGUGGGAAAGAGCUGCACAAUUUUUCGUGCGCACGUAGAAGCGACCACUGCGAGGACAGCUUUUCAAAGUAGAAUACAGAAUGUCGCUGAGACGAUAAAAGAUGCAAUGAGAAUUUAUAGAUACAAAGAAGAACGAGCGCAUAUAGAAUCAAUCAGCAGAAAAAGAACAGGCAAAUACCCUCACAAGUCGUCCCUGUGCUGGUGCAGCUAUGUUUUUAUUUUAUUCUCAAAACAAGCACUCCGGGUCCGGUUUGCCGUAAGAGUAAGACGGCCUCGGUCAUUCAAAACGGAAAAAAGUUGUGAAAAUGGAGUCGGUACUUGAG